AUGAUACAGAGAUCCUCGAUCCGUAGAUCCGAGAGGCUGGUUAUUCGGUACUUCAUUGAUCUGGUCAUUCUCGAUUCGACGAAGAUGGUGUUAUUCGUCGAUCUAGCGAUCCGCGAUCUAGGGAUUAGUGAGUCAGCACUUCAGCAGAAAAACUUGCGUGAUCCAGGUAUCCUCUAUUCUAAGAUUAGAAGAUCUUGCUUUUUGCAAUUAACUAAUCCGACGAUCCUUGAUUUUACGAGUCGAAGAUCGGUCUAUUCGCGUUCCGACAAUCCACAAUCUGGUGAUUAA